CUUACAGGUUUGAACACCAGCCUUACCUCGUCUUCUUCUUUCCACGUCAAGCUCGCAAUAGUGCACUUCAACGUCAUGGCUUCUGGGACUUUGUACACCUAUCCAAGCAAUUUUAGGGCCAGCAAGGCUCUUAUUGCGGCUCAGUACUCCGGUUUUAAAAUCAACGUCGCUUCCAAUUUUGUUUUUGGAGAGACCAACAAGAGCGAAUCCUUUCUCAAGAAAUUUCCAUUGGGGAAAGUGCCAGCGUUUGAAUCCCAAGAUGGGCAAUGCAUUGCUGAAAGCAACGCAAUCGCUUAUUUCGUUGCCAACCAGCAACUUCGUGGAAACAGUGAUGUAGAGAAGGCCCAUAUCCUUCAGUGGAUGUCAUUUGCUGAUGGUGAAAUUCUUCCAUUGUCCUGUACAAUUGUUUUUCCAGUACUUGGAAUAAUUCAAUAUAACAAACAGGCUGUUGAUCAUGCCAAGCAGGAGUUGAACACCAUCCUUUCUGUUGUUAACAAUCAUCUUCUAACCCGCACGUUUUUGGUUGGAGAGAAAAUAACCCUUGCAGACAUUGUUGUUGCCUGCAAUCUUCUUCACCUUUAUGAGAACAUUUGUGAUGAAACCAACAGGAAACCAUACCAAAAUUUAAACAGAUGGUUUGUUACCUGUGUCAACCAACCCCAGUUCAAGGCUGUUCUUGGAGACUUUAAGAUGUGCCAGAAAGAAUGCCAGGUGGAUCCCAAGAAGUUUGCUGAGUUCCAAAGCAAAAUGGGUGGGUCAUCCAAGAAAGAAGAAAAGAAAGCUGUAAAGGAAGAGAAGAAGAAAGAAAAGAAAGAGGAAAAACCAAAGCCAAAGAAGGCGGAAGAGGAACCAGAAGAACUUGAUGCUGCUGAAGCAGCUUUGCUUGAGGAACCAAAAUCCAAAGAUCCUUUUGAUGAAAUGCCCAAAGGGACUUUCAAUAUGGAUGAUUUCAAGCGCUUUUAUUCAAACAAUGAAGAAACCAAAUCAAUCCCUUACUUCUGGGAAAAGUUUGACAAAGAGAAUUAUUCUAUUUGGUUUGGGGAGUACAAAUACUCUGAAGAACUUACCAAAGUCUUCAUGUCCUCAAAUUUGAUUGGCGGCAUGUAUCAAAGGUUGGACAAAAUGAGGAAGCAAUGCUUUGCAUCCAUGUGCCUGUUCGGGGCCGACAACGACAGUACUAUCUCGGGAGUCUGGGUCUGGCGUGGACAAGAUUUAGCAUUUCAGUUGAGCCCGGAUUGGCAAAUUGACUAUGAAACCUAUGACUGGAAGAAACUGGACCCUGAUUCAGAGGAAACUAAAGCGUUGGUGGCACAAUACUUCUCGUGGACGGGCACCGAUAAAAAUGGCCGUCCCUUUAACCAAGGCAAAAUUUUCAAGUAAAGCGUUUCAUUAUCAAAUGUUGUAUUUGCAAUUAAUACAACUACUGAGCUACCA